CCCGCCGUUGCCGGGCGCAUGCGCGAGGCGCGCGGGGGAGGCGGGCGGCGCGCGGCGGCGGCGCGUGCGCGGAGGGGCGGCCGGCGGAGCCGUCAGCAUGUCGCGCUACGGGCGAUACGGAGGCGAGACCAAGGUGUACGUGGGCAACCUGGGCACGGGGGCGGGCAAGGGCGAGCUGGAGAGAGCCUUCAGCUACUACGGGCCCCUGAGAACCGUGUGGAUCGCGAGGAACCCGCCGGGCUUCGCCUUCGUGGAGUUCGAAGACCCGAGGGACGCUGAAGAUGCCGUCCGUGGACUUGACGGGAAGGUGAUAUGCGGCUCGAGGGUGAGGGUGGAAGUGUCGACGGGGAUGCCGCGUCGCUCCCGCUACGACAGGCCUCCUGCGCGGCGCCCCUUUGACCCCAACGACAGGUGCUACGAGUGUGGUGAGAAAGGCCACUAUGCCUAUGAUUGUCACCGCUAUAGUCGCCGAAGGAGGAGCAGGUCCAGGUCUAGAUCUCGUUCAAGGUCCCGAGGAAGAAGAUAUUCUCGGUCGCGUAGUCGGAGUCGUGGAAGGAGGUCCAGGUCAGCUUCCUAUCGUAGAUCUCGGUCCAUUUCUCCUCGUAGGUCUAGGUCUGUGUCUCCCCGCCGGUCCCGAUCAGGUUCCUUGAAGAGAUCAAGGUCUAGAUCAAGAUCCCGAUCUAGAUCCAGAUCUGUUACAUGGCCUCGAAGCAGGUCUAGGUCUCAUGGCAGAUCAAAAUCUGGCUCACCGGCUAAGAGUCGGUCAAAGUCCCGAUCACCAUCUCCAAAGAGAAGGUAUGUUGAUCUCCCUAAUAGUAACAUAGACUUCGUAGAGCUGGCAUUUUAGUAUCUGCAGUGAUCUCUGCUGAGGAGUUUGACUGCUGCUUGUAGUCGUUCACCAUCAGGAAGCCCUCAAAGAAGUGCAAGUCCUGAAAGAAUGGAUUAAAGUUAUGAAGUUAAUCUUUUAGGAAGAAAGUUAUUUUGCUUACAUUAUUAUAAGGGAUUUUGUGGUGUCUUUGUAAAUGUAAGAAUGUAGAUAGAAGAGUAUAUCAACUAAAAUUUGGCAUGAUCUGGGUCUUCUGAGUUAGUCACACCAAUAGACUAGCGCAGGUCUCUUUUUAUUGUAUGAAUUAACUUCCUGUGAUAUGAAAAUGUGGGACUUUUUUAUUGGCACAUUGAAAUAAAAUGUGUAUUUUUAACUAAAACUUCUCUAGUAACCCUGCUGCUUCUGUUAACAUUUGGGUAAUUUUAGCUGUGUGCCAUGUAACGUGGAUGAAAAAUGUCUAAAAUGGGAAUGACUAAUAUCGGUGUCUUCUCAAACUAGUCACUUUCCACGUUUAUUGUUGAAUGGUCUUUGGUGAAAGGAUCAGUUUCUGCUUUCUUUGAAAUGGAGUUUAAAAUCCAUCUCUGUCUGCAGGUGGCUAAAAACUUGCAUAUGCCAUUGAUUUUUUUCUCCGUGAUCUGAUUAUUCUGCAAAGCUUACUGUCUGGCACUUGACUAGUUGCAAUAUCAGAUGCCCAGAAAUUUAAGGAUGGGCUUUUAUUCAAAACACUGACAUCUUUUUAAAUUAGUAACAUCUGCAGAAACCUCUAAAUGUAAUAGGAAUUAAUAAUAGCUUGAUGUUUGCUACCUUUGCUUGUUGCAUUUUUCAGUCCUUUAGGCUAUUUAAGAAAAUUCCUUAAAAUGUCUCAAGACGUUUUCCUUUUUGAAGGAAGACGUUAAGGUCUUCUGACCUACUUUCUGAAGGACCUUAAGAAAAUGUGUUUGAGAGGCAAACAUAAGCGGUUAUUAGUCUUUCUGCAGCUCACUCAAACUUUCCUCCUUAAAGUGAAAGACUCACAGCUGACCUCAGGAAUUCUAACCUGCUUUCCAGAAACUGGUAUGGUUUUAAAGUAGCCCAGAUCCUGGAGAUGAUUUUGUUGAAUUAACCUAAUUUUCUACUGCAAAUACACACGCAAUUGCAGGAUUAAUUAUUUGUGUAUAGGUAUGUCAAACUCUGUGUUUGUCCUCGUUCUGUAGUCAAGAAUUGCAUGAUAAAGGCACUUUGUUGACAACAGAUCACAGCAAAAGACUGGAAAUAAUGUUAGACUGUGAACAAACUAAUGGGUAGGUGUAGGGGGAAAAAAAAGCAAACAUUUUUUGACUGCGAGUGGUUAUCUAGUAGAAAUAAAGGCCAGAUUCGGCCAGCAGGAAACACGCACUGAAAUGGAAAGUCGACCCUGUUUGGGCUUACGCAAUCUAUUGUGGCAGUUUGCUUCCCGUGUGUAAACCACAGCAGAGCGUCUUAAAUGAAAAAAAAAAAAAAAUUUACAAGGUUAACUGGUCACACCUUGGGUUAGCCAUGAUUUUCCAAAAACGGGUUUCCUGUUAACAAUGACUUUAUGGAGCUUUUUCAGUGUAUGAGUAAAUUGCCCAGGUUCCGAGCACGCUGUCAUGCUGCAGCACUGUCUGGCCUUCAUGCCUGGUCGUAACUGUUGUGCUUGGUGUGUGCCCGGCCGCUCCCGCCGCGCUCAGCGCUGGGGGCUAGUGUUUCAUCUGCCGGCUGCAAUGACCCGUGUUCUGGCAAUACCCAUUAAACUCCAUCGCCGCCACAAUGGGAGAGUAGGGCAGUGACGCAGACGUUGCCCUGCAUGAUGCAGCAGACGUGCCCAAAGCCUGUGACUUGCGUUUGGAAUAUUUGUGGGUUGUGUGUUCCCUGCCUGGUCUAUAGUACCUGGUGAGAGGCACGUGUACGCCACUGCUCUGGAAUUUGAUCAGCUUUUUUUCUCUUCUGUACUCUUAGGGCAAACCUACUCCACAAUAAACCUGCAGACUAAUGACA